CUGCUGCCUGCAACAACCUCACUCGCGUGAUUCCACAAACGGGCGUCACGCGCAUUAUCCGGUUAAUUUACAUACAAAACACCGCCCAGGGGGACGAACAUGAUAAUCUACCAUCGACUGAAAGCAAACCGUGCGGAGGGAAGAAAAAAACAGCCGAAAAAAAGUUUGGAAGGGAGAGAGCUGUUUUAAACCGAGCGGAGUGUUUCGAUUCAGACGGAGAGGCGCUUGUCGGGCUCUUUGCCCCACUUUUGGAUUACGGAUAUGGACGCUUUGAAAUCCGCUGGAAGGGCAAUUAUACGGAGCCCCAGUAUCGCCAAACAGUCGUGGGCUGCUGGAAGACAUAAAAAGCUUCCAGAGAACUGGACGGACACAAGGGAGACCCUUCUGGAGGGCAUGGCGUUCCAGCUCAAGUACCUCGGGGUCACAAUGGUUGAGCAGCCCAAAGGAGAGGAGCUGUCUGCGGCUGCUGUCAAGAGGAUAGUGGCCACGGCCAAAGCCAGUGGAAAAAAACUCCAGAAAGUCACGUUAACGGUCUCCCCACGUGGAAUCAUCCUUUACGACAGUGCCUCCAACCAGCUGAUAGAAAACAUCUCCAUAUACAGAAUAUCAUAUUGCACAGCGGACAAGAUGCAUGACAAAGUUUUUGCCUACAUCGUCCAGAGCCAACACAAUGAGACUCUGGAGUGUCACGCCUUCCUCUGCACUAAGAGAAAAAUGGCCCAGGCGGUAACCCUAACAGUGGCUCAGGCUUUCAGAGUGGCGUUUGAAUUCUGGCAGGCAGCCAAGGAAGAGAAAGAGAAGCGAGUGAAGUCAGGUUCAGAUGGAGAAGGAGCCAGCAACUCCCAGUCGGACAGCUCGGCCAGCCUGGGCAGCCUGAAGGGAGGAGAGGUAGCCACAGGAAAACUUCUGGAUUUGGCAGAGGGAGCCAAUGUGGCGCUGGUCCACUCAGGAACAAAGCAGACUGAAUCGGAUCCCUUUAUGGUGCAUAAUCACGCUACAGAGAACAACAAUACUGUAUGGGAGUUGGAGGACGGUCUGGACGAGGCUUUCUCAAGACUCGCUGAGUCUCGCACUAACCCCCAGGUCCUGGACAUUGGGGUAAACCCUCAGGACUUCAACACUGAAGAGUGCCUGUCCCCAGGCAAAUGGGACCAAGAGGACACAGACUUCAGCACACAAAAAGGCACUUUCUAAAGUGAAGCCUCUGCCAAGAAGAGAAAACAGGGAAACACGAGGAGGACUAAUCGAAAACACGGUCGGAAACUGAAGUGAUAGACAUUUGUGACAUCAGUAAGGUUUCCCACCUUCUCACUGUUGCCAAGUCGUCUCAGUGGUUGAGUCCCGUGGCUCUCUGAUGCAUCUGCGUCUACAGAGAAGGACAGCAUGAGCAAGCUGCUCACAGAACAGGCCAAAGCAAUACAAACUAAUUUACCCCUUUUCUAUGAAAAAAAAUGCAGUCAUUUAAUGUUUGUUACAGUCAGUGUAUAACUUCCUUUUUGUGUCUGUUUACCCAUUCACUGUUAGUAAUAUGUUUGUGGUAUGUGCUUGUGUACAUUGCGUUAAAGUGCGUGUGUGGAUGUACAGAACAUAAGUGUACAAAGUGAUAUGAGAAAUAUGAUUUGUUGAGUUUUGAACAAGUCGUUACAUGAGGUAAAGGUCAAAAAGGGUGCUGUCAUAUAUUUUAUUUACUCAGAGAUGGAGAAAUGGAACUGGAUCAGAGGGAAAGGUCACGAGUGAAGGCCACCGAUGCACUAGUAUAGGACAAAACAAAGUUACUACCUAUAUGUGCUUCAAGGAUUCAGCCUCUCGUUGGGCGACAAAAGCUUUAAAAAAAAAAAAAAGUGUGCAUGUUUUGGUCAGAGAGUGUUUGUGUGGAAGAUGGAUGAGAACAAAAUGACAAUCUUAUUUUUUUUCUAAUGCAAAAUCUAUUUUUGCACUCAGCAUUCAUUCACUUUUAAAAAGCACAUAUUUCAUGUAAGGGAAUUUAAUGUCAGUAAGCAACAAACUCAUUAUUCAGGCUUCAAUGCAGUGCCUAUGUUCACUCUUUUCAUGUUUUGUUGUUUUAACUUUGAAUCACAGUGGAUUCAUUCUGCUUUUCCCCCAAGAUUGGGAGGAAACUGGAAAAAUCCAAAUAGCAGUUUCAAACUAAGCUGGUCAUAAUUCCCACUCUGGCUCGCAGACCUGGAUGUGAAAUUGGAGGCAAGUCAGAGUUGUCAGAGCUGAACUUAAACUUCACAAAUGUUUUUUUUUUCUUUAACCCUGUCAGCAAGUAGCACUAAUCAACUGUGAUUCAUAGUUGAAAAAUCAAACAUGAAGGGACUGAAUGUGUUUUAUCGGCACUCUACCACUGUAUGUUAACUUAUAUUGUUGCAUUGAAUUUGCUAGUUUACUUCUUUUUUUUCGGGAAGAGUUCCCAGUGUUAUUUUGGAAUUUGUUUAUGUAUGAAUUUAAUUUAAUUCAUUAAUUUACAUCAAUUUCAAUAAAAGUCAAAUGAUGUA